AUGGGCUGCUGUCAAUCCUCCCCCCGGCGCAAUAGCUUGUCAAGCCGCUUUGCUCCUGCGCCAAGAGUUCACGGUGAAUCAAGCAAUGCUAUCUCUGCCGAUGCCGCAAAUGUAGCCGUUCUUCCCGUCGAAUCCCACCGUCGGCGAUCGACAACUCUCGGAGAACAGGCAAACCGGCCUCUAAGACGGCACGUCUGGACGAGCAAACGACCUUGGUCCAGGCCAGAUUUGGAACUUGAAAGGCAGGAAUUCUUUGAUACACGGGUCACGGGUCAGCCGGAUAUCUGGAGAGCUCUACGAAUGGCCAUCGAGAUUAUGCCCACGGAGCUAGACACCGCUCAAGGUAUCCUCGACGCUGCCGGAAUCACACUACCCACAGGUGACUUAGCCGACGGGGCAUACGACGAACGUGGAAACCUCUAUCAGAUGCCAGAACAUGUUGUUGUGGACCCUGUCAAUCUUGUCUCUGAUAUGGAGAAGACUAGCGCACGAGUAGCCAAGGCUGACGCGGAGACUGUUGAAGAGAGUGACGCGCUGAGUGGAAAGCAGGAAGAGAAAGGGGAAACGGCAGGAACCUACACCGUCAGGGCCAGAUUGAGCGACCGCGGUGGACGAGACGUCCUGGUGACGUUGACCAAGGAACAGAAAGUCGAAGCAUUGGCGAAGAAGAUCCAAGAGGAAGCUCAGCUGCACGACAAAGUCAAAGUAAGGAUCGCCUACAUGGGCCAUAUCCUGAAAGAAGGGCGGACCUUGUACGAACAAGGAUGGAAGGAUGGCCACGUUGUCAAUGCAUUGGUCUCACAGUAG